GAUAACACAAAACAAAAAUAAAAAUAUCCAAAGAACAAGAAGAGAAAAUUAUGCUGAAAAUAUUAAUACAUCUUUUCUUGACUUUUCUGCAGCUUAUUUUCACAGUACUGGUGUUUUUUCCCCCUUGAGGGGUUGCUGGAGAAAUUACAUUUUACUCUAUGUAAUCAGGCUUCUUUAUGGCUGUUCUUAUCCACAAUCAUUUGCACAGCAGAUAUAUGAGCCAGAGGGUUCAAGCUGCCAUGUGAUGAGGAAGUAGAAUACUGCACGUAACAACAUGUACUUUGUGAGGAAGCUGCCGUUUGCAUAAAGGUAAAUGAUUUGGCACGCAGCUUCAGACUGAUACGUGGGUAAGUUGUACCGCCACAACAGGUUCAACCAGAUCAACCACAAAGGUUUCUGCUUCAUCACGUGUUCCCUACUAGUCUACAUUGAGAAGACCAGGUGACAAAGAGGGCGGGUCCUCUAAACUAUCUGGUCCAAACUAGAGCAUCCAGUCUGUUGUCAGAGCAACUCUUUAGAGGUAAAGGGCUGUUCCACAGAUGCUGGUUUUGAUCCUGAAAGACUCUUGUUUGAGCAGUGAGAAGGAUUCUGUUCACAAGGACCUUUGACCCAGUGAACACAGCUCAAACUGACACUCAGUUGACCAGUCAGACUGUGGACUUUGAUGGUGACAUGAGGACACACCCUCUCUGACGAAGGACAACAACCUGCGUCACUUCACUCCGUCUGAUGGAAGCUGAAUUGAAGCACGGAGGUCCUUUUCUACAUGGACCUGCUGAGGACAGAAGAGAGCUGCACACUGAGGAAGAUCAUGUCUACAACCUCAGACAGAUGCAGGUGGACAUCCUCAACAUUUUAGAGCAUCUGCAGGAUGAGGACUUCAAACGGUUCAAGUGGCACCUGCGGAACUAUUCAAUCCCGCAAGACCCCAGAUCAAUCCGACCCUGUGACCUGGAGAAAGCAGACCAGAUGGACACGGUGGACCUGAUGGUGCGGUGCUACGCCAAAGACUCGGUUCAGGUGGCCGUGAGCGUUUUGAAAACGAUGCAAAUGAACGAUCUGGCUGAAAAUUUAUCCAAAAAGAACUAUACGGGCAAACCGAAUCCGGUGGGAGGAGAUAGAGGUCAAGAGCUUAUUGACAACUGUCAACGUGAACUCAAAUCCAACCUGAAGAAAAAGUUCCGGUGUGUGUUUGAGGGGAUCGCUAAAGCAGGAAAGCCAUCCCUUCUGAAUGAGAUCUACACAGAGCUCUACAUCACAGAGGGAGGGACUGCAGAGGUCAAUAAAGAACAUGAGGUCAGACAGACAGAAACAGCAUCAUGGAAACCACCCAGACCAGAAACAACCAUCAGACAAGAAAACCUCUUUAAAGCCUCAGUUGGAGGAGAGGAACCAAUCAGAACACUGAUGACUAGGGGAGUGGCUGGCAUUGGGAAAACAGUCUUAACACAGAAGUUCACUCUGGACUGGGCUGAAGACAAAGACCACCAGAACAUUCAGUUCACAUUUCCAUUCACCUUCAAAGAGCUGAAUGUGCUAAGAGAUAAGAAGUUCAGCUUGGUGGAACUUGUUCAUCACUUCUUCAGUGAAACUAAAGGAGCAGGAAUUUGCAGCUUUGAAAAGUUCCAGGUUGUGUUCAUCUUUGACGGUCUGGAUGAGUUUCGACCUUCGCUGGACUUCUGCAACAAUGAGAUCCUGACUGAUGUCACAGAGUCCGCCUCAGUGAAUGUGCUCCUCACAAACCUCAUCAGGGGGAAGUUGCUUCCCUCUGCUCGCCUCUGGAUAACCACACGACAUGCAGCAGCCAAUCAGAUCCCUCCUGAGUGUGUUGGCAUGGUGACAGAGGUCAGAGGCUUCAACGACCCCCAGAAGGAGGAGUACUUCAGGAAGAGGUUCAGAGAUGAGGAGCAGGCCAACAGGAUCAUCUCUCACAUCAAGACCUCACGAAGCCUUCACAUCAUGUGCCACAUCCCAGUUUUCUGCUGGAUCACUGCUACAGUUCUGGAGCAGGUGUUAAAGAUCAGAGAGGGAGGAGAGCUGCCCAAGACCCUGACUGAGAUGUACAUCCACUUCCUGGUGGUUCAGUUCAAAACGAAGAAUGUCAAGUACGAUGGCGGAGCUGAGACGGAUCAACAGUGGAGUCCAGAAAGCAAGAAGAUGAUUGAGUCUCUCGGAAAACUGGCCUUUGAUCAGCUGCAGAAAGGCAACCUAAUCUUCUAUGAAUCCGACCUGACAGAGUGUGGCAUCAAUAUCAGAGCAGCCUCAGUGUACUCAGGAGUGUUCACUCAGAUCUUUAGAGAGGAGAGUGGACUGUACCAGGACAAGAUGUUCUGCUUUGUCCAUCUGAGUGUUCAGGAGUUUCUGGCUGCACUUCAUGUCCACCUGACCUUCAUCACCUUUGAUGUCAAUUUGCUGUCAAAAGAACAAACAACCUCUCUGGUGUCUAAACGCUUUAAAGCCGAUCUUAAACAAAUGCGUCUCUACCAGAGUGCUGUGGACGAGGCCUUACAGAGUCCUAAUGGACACCUGGACUUGUUCCUCCGCUUCCUCCUGGGUCUUUCCCUGGAGACCAAUCAGACUCUCCUACGAGGUCUGCUGACACAGACAAGAAGUCCCUCACACACCAAUCAGGCUGUCCAGUACAUCAAGAAGAAGAUAAAUGAGAAUGUGUCUCCGGAGAAAAGCAUCAACCUGUUCCACUGUCUCAAUGAACUAAAUGAUGAUUCUCUAGUAGAUGAGAUCCAAAAGUACCUUAGAUCAGGACACAUCUCCAGAUAUAUACUGUCUCCUGCUCAGUGGUCAGCUCUGGUCUUCAUCUUACUGUCAUCGGAAGAAGAUCUGGAGGUGUUUGACCUGAAGAAAUACUCUGCUUCAGGGGAGGCUCUUCGUAGGCUGCUGCCAGUGGUCAAAGCCUCCAACAAAGCUCUACUGAGCGACUGUCAACUCUCAGAGAGAAGCUGUGAAGCUCUGUCCUCAGUUGUCAGAUUACAGUCCUCUAGUCUGGGAGAGCUGGAUCUGAGUAACAACGACCUGCAGGAUUCAGGAGUAAAGUUGCUGUCGGCUGGACUGGAGAGUCCACACUGUGACCUGGAGACUCUCAGGCUGUCAGGCUGUCAGAUCACAGAAGAAGGCUGUGCUUCUCUGGCCUCAGCUCUGAGCUCCAACCCCUCCCAUCUGAGAGAGCUGGACCUGAGAUACAAUCAUCCAGGAGAGUCAGGAGUGAUGCUACUGUCUGCUGUACUGGAGGAUCCACACUGGAGACUGGAAACUCUCAGGGUGGAGCCUGCUGGAGUUCGAUGGUUGAGACCAGGUCUGAGGAAGUAUUCCUGUGAACUCACAAUCGACACAAACACAGUAAACGGAAAACUCAAACUGUCUGACAACAACAGGAAGGUGACAUAUGUGGUGGAGUAUCAGUCAUAUCCUAAACAUCCAGACAGAUUUGACAACUUUCCUCAGCUGCUGUGUAGAACUGGUCUGACUGGUCGCUGUUACUGGGAGGUUGAGUGGAGAGGAAGAGUUCACGUGUCAGUGAGUUACAGAGGAAUCAAGAGGAAAGGAUUCAGUUCAGACUGUUUGUUUGGAGAGACUGAUCAGUCAUGGAGUCUGAGAUGCUCCGAUGAAGAUUACUAUGUCCAUCACAAUAAGACAGUAACACGCAUCACCUCCUCCUCCUCCUCCUCCUCCGGUAGAGUAGCGGUGUAUGUGGACUGUCCUGCUGGCUCUUUGUCCUUCUACAGAGUCUCUUCUGAUACACUGAUUCACCUCCACACCUUCAGCACCACAUUCACUGAACCUCUUUAUCCUGGGUUCAUGUCCAGGUCUGGUUCUGGUUCCUCAGUGUCUUUGUGUUCUCUGCAGGAGGGA